AUGGAUUCAACGACUCUGUUGAAGAAUGGCAAGACGGCUGGCAAUAUAAUAACGUUUUCCAUGAUCGACCACUCAAAAUCACAGCUGCCUGACUUAUAUCGGUUUGCAUACGAUGUAAAUGCUGCUACUUUCCAGAUGUUUCUUUUUGUAAAUCUGAAGUGUAUCUCACUAAAGUGUGGCACCAUGUGGAAUGCAUUGGUCUUGAAAGAAAAUAACUACUGGCCCAUUGCUUAUCGUCUUUUCCAUGUUCGGUGGAAUUCGUCAGGCACCUAUGCGAAGCGCGCUCCAGAAGCUGAGACAUGUAUUGGGGGUGUACAGACAUCGGCAGUGGAACAGAUGAAAUGUGCCAGGCGAGAGGGAAACAAGACCAAGCGGGUAAGUACUGAGAGGAGGGCUGGACCCCCAUUUAGAUUUCCUGAAUAUCCUCCCGGCUCCUUUUUGAACAUUCUGGUUCACGAUACAAUUAGUGCUUCCAGUGCAGCUCUCUUGGUUGGUAAAUAUGUGGAUAGACCGACUUUAGUGCCGAUGCAUUGCUGA